GUACAGUAAUAAUAAAUUAAUUAAGGUCGGAAAAAAACCACACACACAUAAACCCCAAGGAUCCAACAUACUUUUUAAGCAUACCUCUUUUGUCGACAGUAAAAAUAACUGCUAACAAAACAAAUGGUUAAUUACCAGGAGGAGGAAGAAGAAGAAAAAUAUUCAGCACUACUACAAACUCAAUUAUUAUCCACACCAAAUAAUCGCCUCAAUUCUUUUGUGGGAUUUUUACCUCAAAUCGUCACUGUUGUAGUAUCCUACUCAAUUUCUCAUACUAAUUACAAAAUCUUUAAUUUCUCAACUUCAUUAAAAGAUUUUAUUUUUUAUUUAUUUAUUUUGAGGGAUAACGAAAAAUGGAAAUGCUGAUUUGUGUGGUGUUAAUAACGUUGAGUCUUUGGUGUUUCUUGGUAACACAGAUGAGACGUUUUGGAGGGAAGAAGAAGAAUAAGAAGAUGGUGUGGGGCAAAAAGAUAAUAAGCAGCCAUAUUGAUGUUGAUGAUGAUGAUGAUAAUGAUGUUGAUCAUGAAGAAGAAGAAGAAGACGGUUCAUUUGGGAACUUAUUAUUUGGUGGAAAACAACAUCUGGAAUUGGAUGAUGAUGAUCUUAUGGCCAAAGCUUCUUUGUUGGAACGUAUUGCCUCUCUCGAAGAUCGACUUCUUCAGAUGUGCAUGGAGAUUGAAUCAUAUCGUAGGUCAUGCAGCUCAUCAAGCUUGAACACAUCUAGUGGUGCAUCAUCUUCAAGCAAUAAUGGAUCCAGAUUUGAGAGAAUGAGUUCAUAUCCAACUUUCGUGUACAAACCUCAGAGCAUUCCCCAGCCUCAAGCUCCUUACAAUCUAUCUGCAUUUGAGACAGAAACUCCUCAGCCGCAGGCAAAAAUAACGAAGACUUCUAGUUCUGUGAAGGAGCAGGCAAAUAUCAAAACCAAGAAAGAUGGGGAAAAGGGUCGAAAACUGAAGAAUGGCAACUCACCGAAUUGGCCACGCCUCAAAAUUCUGGGCUGUUGAUAGCCUGAUACACGAAAAAAUUUCUGAUAAUAAGGAAAAUGUAGAGAAAUUCAAAUAACUCUAAACAUGCAGUACUUGAUAUUUCUCAGGUUUAAUCAAUGUAGUACUUCCUCGAGUUCACUUCAAAUUUGUGACUUACAAAAACAAUCUGAGGGAAUAACUCACAACUUUGUCAAUUAAUUUGAGAUUUACUUUUAGCUAGUUCAUCAGGGUUUAAUUACCUUUCGACGGAUUACUGUCUAAUUUCCUUAGGGUUCUUGGGCUUGUUUAGUUUUGGUACUUCAAUUUCAUAUUUUUUAGGUUUUGGUCUUCUUGCUGGUUAUAUAUAUAUUUUUUUAGGGAA